AUGGACACCGAUUCGGAUGAGGAACCUUUGGACAAUCAAGUCGCUAUAUGGAAACGCAAGAAGGAGAAGGAGUUUUUACGACUCCAGGCAGGAACCCUCGUCGAGCGAAAUUCGCAAUGUGGCCCUAACAGACUGACCAAGGAAACUCUGGCCGAGAUAUUCCAGCUCGUGCAAGGAGACGACUACAGCGACGUCCUCAUUCCCUUUACUCAUGUUUGCCAUCACUGGCGUGCAGUCGCUAUUGGCAAAAGAAGGCUCUGGACGAAGCCAUCUACUUCCCACCCUGAAUUAGUGGAGCUCAUAAUCGAGCGUAGUCGCGGUCGUGGCCUGCAUCUCACUCUGGACCAGCCGGAUUCCAUACAACCUUGGCUGUUAAAUGCCGCUAUUAAAGUGAAGUUGGCGCAUCUUGACCAAGCCGUCUCCCUCAAACUCGAUAUCCCACUGCGAAGACUACUUCCGCUAUGUGGCCUUUCCCUGCCCCCUGUUCCGAUACUGGAAUCCCUUGAACUGGCUGAACCCAAGAUCGUCAAGGGGCUUGCCGACGCGGAUACUCUCUUUCGAAAGCACGCUCCUUAUCUAUAUCACCUCACCAUACGGAAGGAUCUUAUCUGUCUCAGCGCCUCUGUAUUUGCGAGACUCCAGUCACUCGAAAUAUCGACGAUGCGGAUCGACAUCAAUAGACUUGCCACCGCCUUAGCCGACGUAGGCUUACUCGAACGACUCAUCUUCUGCGACGUAGAAACAACGCUGGAGGGCUCAGAGGACGAGAUCACAGCCGUACCGCUCGACUUCCUGGAAGAACUGGCUGUCCAGACCAAUGACCUGAUGGCUUGUGUCAACCUAAUGUCUUGCCUGAGGAUCCGCCGCCCAGUACGCCUGGAUAUCGAAGUGGCCCCUACGAAGCCUGCACAGUUGUACCAGGUCGAGGCUGCCAUGACGAUCGUGGAGCGAUACCUUACGGGCGACGGGACUGUACCACUACUAUCCGUUGAACUGGAGAGUGACUGUCCUCUCUCAUUCAUAGCCUGGAAUUACAUCGGUGAGGGUGGUUACCCGCCGUUGAACACCUUCCUCGGAUCUAGAGUGCGCAUCAACAUGCACCCACCGUAUGAUAUUACACAGGGGCGUGCGCUACUACUGCUCAGAACGGUCCGUGCUCUCAGAAUACAUAAGAUCCCCCAUCUUUCUGCCCUAGGUGAUCUCUGCUGUCUUCUUGAUUCUAUGACAGAGGUUGAAGCGUUGGAUCUCACGGACGAUCCAACCGUUGUUGCAUACGUGCUUCCUUUGCUUAGUACGACAAGGCGGUACCAGAACGCGUACCGUCCUGUUAUGCUUCCUCGCUUGAUGUGCUUGAUGCUUAGCAAGCCAUCGUGGGGACGUCGCUGGGAUCCACCUCCUGGUAUGUCCGACCCUUUCGAUUGCCUUCGCGAUUACCUGCAGGAGCGGUUGGACGACGCCGAGCCUAUACACCAACUUCAUAUUCGAGCGAGGUGGCUUCAAGGCGUGGACUUGACGGUGCUCGGAAAAUACGUCGUCAAGUUGCAUCUGACAUAG